AUGGACGAAAAAGAGCAGGCGGAUCGCUUGGCGGCCGCGGAGGCUUUAUAUAUGAUAUCCACCCGUGUUGACAAAAGCGGUGGGGUAGAAAAGUCCCCAAGGAUAAGUAGGAAAAAGAGGAAUAAUGAUCAUGUUGAAGAGAGGUCGGGGAAGAGGAAAGUUGUGGGUAAUGAUGGCGAACGUGCAGGAAGAGGUAGGAGAGGCCGAACUCGUAGUAAUAGUGGAGGUGGUGGUACAAGAGGGGUUGGUGAAAAUCGAGGAAGUGGUAGUGCUGGUUCUAGAGGACGUGGUGGAAGAGGUGGUGGUUCUAGCCCUAAAGGCAGAGGAGCAGCUGGAAAAGCUGUGAAAAGUCAACAGAGACAAAUUGUUAGUGAAAGUGAAGCUAUUAUUAGUACCCAUGAGACCUUUAAAGGACACAACAAUAACAAUGGCAGAUGCAACAAACACACUGUAAUAAUAAGCGAAAAUAUACUGCCACAGAGCCACAACGAUCAGUUAAAGCAGAAAUCCAAAGGAAGAACUCAAAAAGUCAGACAGAAAACAAAAUCAAAACCACCACCCAUUGCUUAUGUGGGUUACUCACAAGUGAAGGAUGAUAAUAUUGGCAAAGUACAUCAGGCUAUUGGCUUGACAGGUGCUGCAAUUUCUUUGAAUGAUCCCUUAUCCAGCCGAAGUUCCUUUGAAUCUUCCCAGGCUUUGCAAAGUCAUGGCCUUGUUUCGGGUUUAAAACAG